AUGGCUUGGAGUUAUACGCCCAUUUGCAUAAGGUUUCUUCCAAAAUAUAACGAUAAGCUUAUCGCAGUUUCAGGGAUUUUCUUGGUACUUAAAGAUGAAAAAGAUGACAUUAUAGAUAAAGCGUUCUUAUCCAUCUGCAAUUUAACGAAUGCGGAAAUGGAAUCCAAGUAUAAUAUCUUUGUCUCCGCUGGCGGACUAAUAAACGAAACAGAACUAAAAUGGGUGCCAGUUAGCUUUGAUUUUUAUUCAAAUAUCUUCAACAAGAACUCAAGUACUUCAGAUAAGUUAUACACCUCAAUUAAGUAUUUCACUCUGCAUGGAUUCAAACUAAUACCAUUCGAAUCAAGAGGGAGCCAAGACGUCGAUUUUUUGUAUGGAGUCAAAAUUGCAGGAUUCAAAAUGAAUUCUGCCAAUUUCGAAUACUUUUCUAGGUCAGUUAAGAACUCCUUACAGGUGAUACUGUUUCGCGGAUCAGCUAUUAACUCUAACAUUAUAAUCGAAAGUUCUCCAUUUAGUUUUACGAACCCUGCACUUUUCAUCAACUUUGUUUCUCAUGGUACUAUCAACCUAGUCAUAUCACAAGAUGAUGAAAAUGAUGAGAGGGAAUUAGGUUAUAUAUCAGAUACUAAGUACCUAGAGAAUAUGGUUGGAGGCGUAGUAAAAGUAGACGAGGUCAAUUCAAUUGGGUUGGUGCUUGGAAAUGUGAGGAAGUUGAAUGGUGAUGGUGACUUGACCCUCAUUUUAUCGUGGAACACAAUUCUCAGGGGACUAAAGGGAGCGAGAACCAGCGGUAGAUUAGAACCUUCUCCUUUAGCAUCCGAGAUCCAUUUCAUAACGAAUAACUUGCCUGAAAAUGUGGCAGAUAGUGAACAUCGACAUGGCACCAGUAAAGGUGUACUCGCGAUAACAGUUGAAUCUUCAUCCCCUCAUCGCCUGUACUGGGGAUCUGGGGUCUUAUUCGAUAAGGAGACUAUUAUUACUAAUGAUCAUGUUGUAAAUGUAAAUCUAAAACAAGCUAAAAUCUCUAUUUAUUUGAGUAAGAAUACGUGGAUAGUACUUGACGCAUUGACACUCACUGAUAAGAUAAACCCAGAGUCGCUGUCCGAUCAAAUUAUCACUCCGUUCAACAAUUUAGAUAUCUCUUUCAUAAAGCUAUCAAAACAAAAUCAAAAAGUCAUUGCCAGCAUGGGUAACUUGCACCCAGUCCAGAAGGGACUUCCAGGAGACUACAAAGUUGGAGAUACAGUUACAACUGUUGGGUUCGGGUUAUUUUUGUCUAAAGCUAUCUCACAACAACCGCUUUCUUCCCAAGGAGUAAUAUCAUCUAUUGCCAGAUUUCCGAUAUUUGAGGGUACACCGUCGUCUGAUAUUACUCCUUCACUUAUAGUGACAUCAUCCUCAUGCUGGAAUGGGUCGUCUGGAGGAGGAUUAUUCGAUAUUAAAUAUAAUAAGCUACUAGGGAUGAUUUGUUCCAAUGCAGAAGUAAAUAUUCCCGAAAUACUAUUCGAUGGUCCUAGAAGCGUCCUUGCUAAAACCGAGAAGGUUUCCAAGUUUUCCUUGUGCAUCCCGAUUGAAGUAAUUAACGAAUUGAGUAAUUAUAUUCAGAGGUGUAACAAGUAUGAUAAAAUUAAUAAUAGGAUUAGUAAUGCGUGGAAAUUAUUACCCACCCAUGAAGAGAUAGAAAUUGAUACAUCUGCCAGAUUAUAA